AUGGGACGUAAGAAAAUCAAGAUCCAGCUGAUUAAAGACGAUCGUAACAGACAGGUUACUUUUCUGAAGCGAAAACAUGGUUUAAUGAAGAAAGCAUAUGAAUUAAGUGUUCUAUGCGAAUGCGAAAUCGCCCUAAUAAUAUUUAAUACUAAUGGAAAGCUUGUGCAAUACGCUAGUACAGAUAUUGACAAGAUAUUGAUGCAAUAUACAGAGUAUAGUGAGCCUCAUGAAAGCAAAUCAAACCAGGAUUUUAUCAACGCAACGAAUCUAGAUGAUGCGAUAAUUAAACAGGGUGACGAUGAUGAAGGUGGAGGAGCAGAGCUUGACGUUAUAGAAAAUGUAGAAAAUGAAGAGGAGGAAGGAAACGCCAAAACAGCAACAACACAUCCAGCAAUGGAGCAGGAAGGAACAAAUGCUACUGAUAUAAAAUAUAAAAGCAAGAAGCCUGCUAAUAUGUUAUCAAAUCAGGGGUUGACACCUGGAGUAUAUCAUCAUCUUAUGCAGCAGAAUCCCAUAAAAAUCCGCAGUCAAGAGUCGCCUCCAAAUCCCCAGACAUUACAGCUACAAAAUGAUUCCCCGGUGUAUUAUUCUUCAGCCCUGCGAUAUGCGGGAGUACCACUUCAGUCACCACCUCCUUUAGGCUAUAAAACAUCUAACAUACUACCGCAUCAACAUGGCUACUUAAUGACAGGAAAUAUAACAACACAGGCUCUAUCACCGCAUCUUUCCAAGCAGCCUCCGGCCGACUCAUCCUAUCCUUUUGCCCCACCAGUUCAUUCUCACGCCCUGCCACCGCCUCUAUUGCCGCAAUACUCCCAACCUUACCCGUAUCAAUAUUUCAUCUCUGCUUCGCCUCAACCUAAUAGCCACCACCAACGAUAUCAUGGUGUGAGUACAAUGUCCUCCCCAAAUAUAAGCAACUGCUGUACUAGUAUAGGUGCACCUGGAAGCCCAGCCAUGUCCAUUCUGAGUAAUGUUAGUAGCAUCUCUUUGAAGAAUAAACCACCAAAACUACGCCUACUCAUUCCAGAUAAUAUUGACACAUGUAGAAUCAUAAAUAACAAUAUGAAACAGCAUCACACACAUCAAUCGCCUAUCUCAUCGGUAUCUACAACCGCCUCUAACGCACAUAGCUAUCAAAAGCAACAAAACAAUGAUUCAAAUACAGCUACUACAACAAUAACUUCUUCCAGUUAUCCAAGUCAGCAAAAGGACUCAAGUUCACCUUCUUCUGCUUUACCAUCCCAAUUUGCUUACAAUGUACCUUUUCCGUCUGCACUUGGUAUGUUUCCUGAACAGACAGAAAUUCCUAGCCCACUGACUUUCUCUGCUACCCCAGUUACGGCACAAUAUCGGGCAAACAAUGGACAUGCUUUUCAGUGGCCAUCAGCUACUACACAGCAACAACAACAUAAAUCUUCGCCUUUAAAGCCUAUUACUACUCAUGAGAACAGGAAUAUUGCUAAACGAAGCCUUCAUAACGAAAACGAAAAUAGUGCUGUUUCUAAAAAAUCGAAAGCAUAA